UGACAUGGCAGAGCCCGCUACAAAGAGGCUGAAGAGUAGCCUGUUUGUGUGCAGAGCUCACCCCAGUUCCGCGGUCAGCAGCCGGGCCAAGCACAACCUGCCGACUGCCGUGGAGGAGGCUCUGUGCGGCGUCAGCAGCCUGCUGUGGGACGGAGCGUACAGACUGCAGGCUCUGGCCAGUGUUUUCGAGAAGGAUGAUGCCCCUUUGCCCCACGUUGCAGCUUUCUUCCACCAGGAGAUGGUGAAGCAGCAGGCCGAGAUUGAGUCCUUGCUACAUUAUCUCACUGAGAGAGGAGGUCGGUACUGCGGCAAAGACAUUAAGCGUCCAGGCUGUGAGAUGAUUCAGGCUGUGUUACCAGCUCUGGAGCUGCUGCAGCUCCAACUGAAGGAGGAGAUCGGUGCGUUGGUGGAGCUAAGCCAGCUAGCCCGUGAGCACGGAGACCCUGUCACUGUGGGGGAAGUCGUGAAGGGCCACCUACUGGCACGGCGGGUAGAUCGGCUCAAACUUUUGGGUGACCUUCUCACCAGUGCUCGCCGGGUCGGCUGCACCAUGGACCAGAAGGGGGCGUUUGGGGAAUACAUCCUGAAUGAACUGCAGGAGGAACUCUCCCACUGAGUAUUUUUAAAUAUAUGCUCUAUAUUUUUUGAAGCAGCAUCUGGACACAAGCAGUGAAACAUCUUUAAGAAUCUCCACUUCUUCAUUUCCAAAGCUGAAAAUGACGUUGACAACUACCAACCUCCAGACACACAUCAAAUGUGAAAGACAAAACUCUCUCUCCAAUACUGUCCUAGUUCGAUUCAAGUA